AUGAGAAAGCCAAGCCAGGUCAGUGUGUCACAAUAGCUGGUGGGGGGCAGACACCGCACAUCGAGGGAGGCGGAGGCGCUGAAGAACACAAGGCACUAACCAAAGCCACCAAGCCGAGUCAAGAUGACGGACGAAGCAACUGAGGGCGAAAAGAAGGAGGUCAAGGAAAAGUCGGCCUCACCCUUCGCCAAAAAGGUCAUCAAACUCCUGACGGUGGCCGCGUACAUGUCUGGGGUAUCGGGGGCUGGGGUGCUGCUCUCCCUCUACUACAUAAUCUUCUGGGACCCGCGAAUCACUGGGGUGCGGCCUCCGGGGUACCUCAAGUCAGGGGAGCCGAUCGGCCUACCCCAGACUUCGGCACGCGUCGCCCCCACCCCCCUUCCAGAGGCGUUCAGCGGCCGCCAGCCCAUCGCCUACCCGCAUAAGAUGUCCAAAGAGUUCAUGGACGCCUAUUUGAAGAACUACACGGAAGACUCCGCCGACCGGGUCCUGGGCAUGCUGGAGGGGGACCCGACGCCCAAGGUGCUGCCCGUGGCGGGGGAGGACCCACCCGCCGCCCCCACCCACACGCCGCCCUCCCCCGCCCUCUAUAACCCCCCGCUCCUACAGCCCGACUCCUCGUCCUCGUCCUCGUCGUCGCAGCAGCGCCACCACAGUGCCGCCUCGCUCCAGCACCGGCAGGAGCGGCACCCACAGCGGCCCAGACACGGCCAGGGCGACCCCCUCCUCAUGCCCGCCGCCUGAGGCCACCCCAACCCCCCGCCCCCUCGUCCCCACCUUUCACCCAGAUGAUCCUCCCCUAGCCUCCACCCAGGGCGUGCCUCAGGGGCCGCGGCGGGCAGGCUCACGCGCCCCCCAGGAUCAAGGGUGCACUAGGGCCAUACCCGCCUAGUGGCACACCUGUUCACACCUGCACGGAGCCACACCCACACACCUGUCGGCCCGCCAGCAACACAAGACUUUUUUUGCAGCGCUUUUCGAACGAGGAGAAUCAGACUACCUGUUUACUCUUAAGGUCCACGUUGGUUGGUUUUGUCGUGUUUGUCGCUCUGUCUGAACACCGCCACGCCGCGCCGAGCACCGCCGUCUGUGUCUGUCUGUCUGGUGGCGUGCGGGGCGAGUCUCGUCACUCACCGCCGAGGGAUUUUUUGGUGCAAUUUUUUAGACGAGACGAGACGAGAAAGUUUUGGAUUGUACUUUCGAACCUUUGUAUCCGACCUGGCGCGCUUGAGUUGGGUUCUGUAUCUAUAAGUCACCCCCUUGUUUGUACUUGUCUGGGUCAUCACCUUAUUUGUUUACUCCUUUCGUGUUCCUUCAGGUCGUAUUUAUAAGUCAUCCCUUUGUUUGUAUCUAUUACGUCUAUCGCAUUAUUUAUUUUCCUUUUAUGUACGUCACUUUCCUUUUGAUCAUAUUCCUUCCUACAUCGACAAGCAUUUUAUUUUUCCUUUUCUGUAGUUUAUUUUUCGUGCCUCGAGUAUUUUUUUUUCCACACUCGAACUCGUCGUACUUAUGAAUAUUUUACGCUUUAUCAGUAUUAUUUGUCUUUUUUUAACACAGUGAUUUAAUUUUGCCUCGUCUCCCUUCCCAUUCCAUUUUAAAGAGUUUUCAAUACGGUAAUAGUAACUCCUCUUCGCCUCCUUAUUGCUUCCAUAAAAAAAUAAUACUCGCCUUUCUUUUUUUCUAUCCACCUCUCUUGUUCUGUCUUCUUUAAAUAUCUCCCUUUCCCUAUUUCUCUCUUCCUUUAUCUUUUAUUCUCUUCCUUAAUUUUCCAUCAUAUAUCGUUAUUCUCUUCGCCUCUCUCAUUUUUUUCCUUCUUACUUAGUCUCUCCUUUCACUCUGUCUUUCUCCUUCCUCUAUUUUGUUUUCCGUAAUCUUCCUACCUGUCUUACUCUCUCCUAUUCUCUUCCUCCUCAUUCCUAUUUACUCAGUCUCUUUUCACAUCGUUCUCCUUUCACCCUUUCGUUUUCUCCUUACUUUCUUCCUUCUCCUUCACUCUCAUAUUAUUCUCUUUUACUUUCUCCCUUCUCCUUCCUCUCCUUAGUUUCUCCUUUCAUCCCCUCCUUCCCCUUCCUUUCCUCCGUCAUCCUUCGCCUCCCUUCUUAUCUUGCUUUCUUUUACUCUCUUCCUUCUCCUUCCUCUCCUUAGUCUCUCCUUUCAUCCUCUCCUUUCCCGUUUCUUUCCUCCGUCUUCCUUCGCCUCCCUUCUUAUCUUACUUUCUUUUACUUUUUUCCUUCUCCUUCCUUUCCCACCUUCCCCCCUCGCUGGCCGCCUGGGACCAGCCACUCACUCACUCAGCAUAAUGUCCCUCUAGCAUGCUUCCUCCGCGUUCCUGCUCCUCCUUAGUAUUCCUAGAGAGCAAUCAUACAUAUUUAUAUAUAUUUUUAGGGCAAACAUCACUGCAAUCAAGUGCAUAUAUACAUACACACAUAACAUACCAAAACAUAUAUGAUGAUAGUGAUAAGGAUGCAUUUUUUUUACACUUAGGUACGUCUUGUUUUAGUUGUUUCUUGAUGUGUCGCGAUAAGGACGUGUACAUAGGGAGGUUUAGUUUGUAUUUAGGUAGGUAGGUGGCGCUCCCUCAUACCCGUACACACACACAUACAUAUAGGUUAGUAGUUACGAGAGAAUAGUCUGCCUUACCUAACACGAAUCAUGAUGCAUAAUACUAAUGAUAAUGAUAAUAAUGAUAAUAAUAAUAAUAAUAAUAAUAAUAAUAAUAAUAAUAAUAAUAAUAAUAAUAAUAAUAAUAAUAAUAAUAAUAAUAAUAAUAAUAAUACCAACAGUAAUAAUAAUAAUAAUAGCUGUAUAUAACUCACACGCAUAAAGACACUUAAUUUUUUCCAUUAAUAUCUUUCUCUAGAGGCGACAUUAAUUAAUACUAUGAUAUGCACAGGUGUGUCUGGUUACCUGUUGACCUCGUGGACGGUGCUGAGGAACGCUAAUUAAGUGAAUAAGUAAAGUAUGUGUUAAUUGCAUUCUAAUAUCAAUGAGUUAUUUCUUUCAUAUAUUUGUAUACGUUUUUUUCUAAUCAGUUUAAGCGACUUUUCAUUCUUUUCACUGUUAGCCAAUUAUUUUUCACAUUAACUACAUCAGUAAUGACAAAUUUAGCCUUCGAUUCAACAUUUGCAUGAUGUUUUUGUUAUUGUUCAUUAUUAUUAUUAUCAUUGCCAUUUAAAUUAUUAUUAUCAUUGCUAUUAUCAUUAGAAUUACUACUAUUAUUAUUAUUAUUAUUAUUAUUUGAACAGACCAGUACAAGACGGCUUAUAAUGAAAGCUUGAUGUAUUCCUCACACCUUUUCCACGCCAUCUCACCACCACGCCGCAAGCUUGUAGCAGAAAACGGGAAGUCAGGCAUCAACCCCGCACACAAUGUUAGGGAAAGCUUGGAUAACUGAACAUUUUUAGGGAAGUAACGCUGAAGCUCACUUGUAUUAGUAGGUAGAUCAGUCUCUAGUAAGGUUCAUUCAUUGUAUUGUACGUCACAUGAAGCUUUUGGUGCGGAAUAUUAAGACGAAAAAAUAGUUCACUUGAAUAAGUAAAAAAAAUCACAAGGAAAGUUUCUCGUUUUAUAAGUAAUGACAAAGUUUAUGCGAAAAAAAAUGAAGUUUUGCUGUAUAAAAAAAAAGAAAACAGAGUGGGCGAGAAGUCAAUAUCACAUUCUCAGUUUGUCCGUCAUGAGAUGGAAAAACAAUAAUCAACAAACUCACUUUCGUAUAUUUCAUAUGAGAAUUAUUUAAAAAGGAAAUUUUCUCGAACACGAUCAAAUAUGUGCUGUGGUCUAUUUUUCACUAGAGUUCUGCGUUCCAGCCUCUGCGCCGAAGGCGAGGAACGCAGAUCUGAUGACGUCAUAGUUCCGAGGCGACUCGCGAGGUGGAGGCGAGCAAAUCAGCCUCCAAAGAGUGAACCUCGAACCGGUGAACUGCCGCGCGUCGAGUGUUCAGGAUGUGAGUUGUUUUGACUCGUCGUGUACUCAUUCCUCGUUAAUAAUUUCCGACAGACCUUUAGUGUAGAUUAUGCUUCCUCUGCACCCUAAGUAUUCUUCUACGUUGACGUUUUGACUGUAGAGUAUUACUGAAAAAAAAUGACGACUAGGUUUUGGAAGGACAGUUUGGGAUGUAAAGUAUAUCUCGUUCAUGAUUUUCUUGCAGCUAAACAGCGUACCACCGAUAUUCAUCAGGAUAAAUUCUUGAUUCUGACUUUGAUUCGUCUUUGCAUUUCGCUAAAGGAUGAGAUGCACAACGCCGCUCGUCUCAAGAGCAAACAAGAAUCCGUGUUGCUUGGGAAACAUGAAGUAAAAACACGAGGCCAUGGAUGAAGGUUCUGCGGCUCUGUUCGUGUUUUUGGCUGAGGAUGAAAUGGACCCAGCGUUGCCAGAUUAUCGUAUUCACCACAUCGUAUUUAUCACUUUUAAUCCUCAAACUCUCGUACCUACACAAAUAACGAUAGAAAAUUGAAGUUAGCGUUAAAGCUCCUAUUUAUUGAUGUUUGUUUGUUUGUUUUUGCUACAGUUAUUGGUCAGAAACUAUGAAAAUGUAAUGCGAUGAGUACGAUAAUUUGGCAACGCUGAAUGGACCACGUUGCCACAUCCUAAAAAAAAUAGAUAAAGACUUCGUUCUUUUCGAGUAACAGGAAGCAAAUAUUCGAUACAUUCUACUUGGGCAAUAGAAAAUAAAAACACGACGUCACGGAUCAAGGUUCUGUACAUCUGUGUGCUUCUGGAGGAGGAUGAAAUGGGUCACGUGGCCACAUCCUCAGAAAUAAACAAAACUUCGUUCUUCGCGGGAAAUAGGAAGAACAUAUUGAACAAGUUUUCGUAAGGUCAUUCUGUAAGCCUUAAGGGGCUAUUACACUGGGCAAAUUUUCCGUGGAUCUUCAAACAACCAUUUCCGCUGGCGUGGUUUUCAUAUUUCCGUGGUUUUCUGACGUGUCCACGAUCUUCCAAAUCUACGGUAGAUUUCCCCGAAGAACGACGGUAUUACUCACCAUCAUCAUCAGCAGCAAUAACAAGAAACAAAAUGAGAAUUACACUAGCGGAAAUCGUGGUUCGACUGAAGAUCCACGGAAAAUUUGCCCCCUGUAAUAGCCCCCUUAAGCAGUUCAGGUCAUCGGUAACCCACGAAGAGUCAUGAUUGGCUGCCUUGUGGUCGGUCUCUAACUCUGGCGACACACACACACCGCCGAAAACAAGUGCCAAUCGCCACCCAGACGCCUCGAUGCCCCACGACGCCACUUUGUCUCCCGCUGAGGGCGCGAAACACACGAAGGAGACGAGAAAGGUGUUCGAUCCUCCUUCUCUUCCAUGACAUUUAUUGGAUACGUGAGUCGCAAUUCUGGUUUGAUUGAUUGACUGAUAUGAACUAAAAUAUUUCCUGAACGAGUGACUUUUUUGGCAUUUGUAACAUUUUUGAGUAUGACUGAAUUGUACAUACUUAAUCAGUUUUGGAAUUUGGUAACGAUGAGGUCAUUUGAUGAGCCGAAUGCCAAGUCAAGUCUUAAACGCGACUAGCUAAUUUAUCAACUAAUUCCAGAGGCGAGUUUUACACAGGCGUUUUGAUACAUUUGCUUACACACAUGUGUUUUAGAAUCAACCCAACACAGCCCUUCACCCACAAAAGAUACAUAUGUGUGAUGCGGAUACGUAAGAUUAAGAAAGAAACAACUCGAACGUUUUUCCAUGUUUUGCCUUAUAAUCAUAGCCUGAAAACCCUCUAAAUAUGUAAACAUUGAAUUUUGUAAAAUCUGUGCAUGCUUGUCGCCUCCGAGGCCUUGCAGGAAAGAGAGUUGUCACAUCACUUGAAGAAAAUAUUGGCAGGUGUCAGUAACAGGAAACGUUAUGUUGCAUCUUACCUCACUGAAAUACGUUGCUAUAUAGAUCAAGAGAAAAUAUACUUGAAGGAGCAUAUAAAGGAAACGUGAUCAGAUAUUUAUAAAAAAAAGGCGUCGGCAGCCUUUUAAGACAAACGUUGCUAAAAGACACUGAAAAAAAUCAAACAAACGUAGAAAUUAAAAUGUUAGAAGACGAUUAUUAUUAUGUGCCAGGUAUGCACGUAAAGCAGUCAGGUGUGAGUAGGUAGUGAAAACAUUGCCAGGUGUCAUGUUUCGCGGUCACCUGUCUAGUCGCGUUAAUUAGUGGAGACGCGUUGAUCGCGUCUACCUGAGUGAACACACACACACACACACACACACACACACACACACACACACACACAUUGGUAAGAUAUAUUAAUUAAGACUUAUUUGUUGUUUUAUAACGUAUGUUAAUUAAGGUCUCUUCGUCGUUUCCUCUGGGUAGGAAAUUCAUUGUUUGUGUUGUCGUAAUUAGAGAGUUUUCGUCACGCGUCGCUCUGGACAGUGACGCAUAAUUGUUUCUUUUAUGUUUUUGGGACAACAGUCAUUUGUAUCUUAAAUUGUCAUUCGCAGCUCACAAACAGAGGCUGGUAAUGAAUCAAUGCUUAAAGUUAUCAAGUAUGUCAUAACUCUAUGCUUCCCUGCUAGCCAGACUUUGCUGCUACACACUUUUUGCUUGCCACACUGAGGGCUUACAUAGACAUACACGCAUAAAAACAUACAUAGAUAGCCAUAAACACACAUCAGUCAAGGCUAGCACAACAUAGACACGCAUACAUAAGGUACACAAGGACAUACAUAGACGCAUAUACACCAACUCAGACACAUACCCACACAAGCAUGAAGACAGGACGCAUGCACAAGUUAAGGAUAUAACAACACAAGAGAUUACACACAAGGCACACAAAGUCUAUCCAUACACGCAUACACAGACACGAAUACACACAUGCAUGCAAAGACAUAUACACACGCUAAAGACACAUCAGUCACGUUUAGGACACCCUGAGGCUCACGCUGAAGCUCAGAGUCACGGCAGGACACACAGCACAGCACUCAGCAGCACUUAUUGACGCUGCUACACGGAAAAUUGAACGGUCUAGCAAGUCGAUGUUUGGGACGCUGUUGUAUUGUAACGAUUUUGGUGUAGAGGUGAAGACUGAAAUUUCCUUUGGUUUGUACUGACAAUCUUGAAAGUGUUCUCAGUGGUGUGUUGAAGAGAAGCAAUUGUACAGUUUGGAUUGAUGUGUUUUUGUUAGUGGAGAUAAGGGAGUGAGGACUUUGUUGUGGUCAAGGAGACAGAGAGUUCUUUUGAUUUGUAUUCAGAAUUUUGCAAGUGUUCUCGACGGUGUGUUGAAGAGAACCGAUUGUAAAGUCUGAAUUGGUGUUUAUAUUCGCGGGCACGAGGCAGUGAGCAAUUUGUUGGGGUCAAAUAGAGACAGAUUUCUUUUGAGUUGUAUUUAAAAUUUUGCAAGUGUUCUCGACGGUGUGUUGAAGAGAACCGAUUGUAAAGUCUGAAUUGGUGUUUAUAUUCGCGGGCACGAGGCAGUGAUAAAUUUGUUGGGGUCAAAUAGAGACAGAGAUUUCUUUUGACUUUGUGCAAGUGUUCUCGAUGGUGUGAUGAAGAGAACCAAUUGUACAGUCCGCAUUGGUAUUUUUAGCGGGCACGAAACAGUGAGAAUCUUUUUGUGGUCAAGGAGACUGAUAUUUCUUCUAAUUCAUUGUCUCAUUUUUGCAAGUGUUCUCUUUGCUGCAGUGAAGAGAACCAAUUGUGAAGUCCGCUUUGAAUGUUUUAGCGGACGUGAGGCAAUGAGAAGAUUUGGGAUAAAAAGAGGAAACAUAUUUACUUUUUAGCGGACGCCAGGCAGUGAGGAGCUAUUUUUUGUGGUGGAGAGAGAGAACAUAUUUUGGAUGUGUUCUGAAUGGUGUGAUGAAGAGAACCAAUUGUGCAGUGCGGGCUUUUUUGGCAGACUAAGAAAAUAAGGAGUUAUUUUUUUGUAGUGUAGAAAGAGGGAACAUAUUUACUAUUUAGCAGACGUGAGAUACUGAGGAUUUUUUGUGAUGGAGAGAGAGAAAUAUUUCGCAGCGGGUGUUAGAGAGGCACGUAGACGCAGCAUCUCCUUCAGGUGGGCAAGGUGAGCGCGUUACCUGAGGGCUAUGCGACACGGACUGCUUGACUCUGAGAGAAACAAUUCGUCCAGUAAAUAUAAUAAUUUAGCUUUAGGCUUCCUUAAUACACUUGCUUCGUAUAAUAAAACAUUUUGUUGUUGAGAAUAUCAAUUAUUAUAUCUUGUAGCUAGUGGUGUCGGGGCUAGGCGAGUUAGUAGCGGGGGUUUACGUUUUAUCGAGUGUCGGCGAGUCGUUGUGUUCGCCCGCCACUCACACGCUCUACCUCCCGCUACGACACUUCCGCUUCGUAGGACUUCAGUUAAGGGAAAACGGAUUCGAAGUGUGUACAGCUGAACUCUCUUGCUCUAGGCUGACCUGUGCCGAGGCGACGCACGCGAGGGUAGUGUGUGCGUGCGUGUGUACAUAUAGUGAUGCAUUUUCCCUACAGUGAGAAUCAAAUACCAAUCAAAUAGUACUGAUAGUGAGGGACCCGCGGCCCUCCCCCACGCUGACCAACAUAUACACACACACACACACAUACACACACACACACACACACACACACACACACACACACAUACACACACGCAAUGAUAUUUUAAUAUUGGUUAAAUAAAGACAUAAAGAGAAA